AUGGCUGAAACAAGUAGUUUUACUUUUAAAAAACGACAAAUUAAAAAUAAAAUAACACGAAAACGAGCAAGAAGUUCUUCGGAAGAUAAUAGCGCCGAAAGUGAACAGGAAUCGGCUGUAAUUAAACCGGAAUCAAGAAAAAAGAAAGCAAAUCCAAACAUACAGGGUACUCUAAAAACAAAACGUAACGAAGGUAUUGAAAAACCGAAAAAAAGUAGUGAUGAUUCAAGUGAUGAAGAUGUUGUUACUGUUAGUUACAAAUCGAAACGUGUUGCUGAAAUUAGUGGGCCAUCAGAUCAAGGUGCAACCGCUACGCUAGAAAUUGAGACUGAAACGGAUCGUGAUGCUCAAGCCAUAUUCGAAAAAAGUCAAGCAAUCAAUGCAGAAUUGGAGGGUAAAGAGGAUGAUAAAGUAUAUCGUGGUAUGAAUAACUAUGCUCAAUAUUAUAAGAAAAAAGAUACCGCUGCGGGAAAUGCUAGUUCUGGUAUGGUAAGAAAAGGACCAAUACGUGCUCCAGCACAUCUUCGAUCUACGGUACGAUGGGAUUAUCAACCUGAUAUUUGUAAAGAUUAUAAGGAAACUGGAUUUUGUGGAUUUGGAGAUAGUUGUAAAUUUUUACAUGAUCGUAGCGAUUAUAAAGCUGGAUGGCAAUUAGAACGUGAAGGUGGUGGUCAAGGAGAUGAUUCCGAUGAUGGUGAUGAUAAGAAAUAUGAAAUUGAUUCGGAUGAAGAUGAUAUUCCGUUUAAAUGUUUUAUAUGUCGUGAAUCCUACAGAGAUCCCGUUGUGACAAAAUGUAAACAUUAUUUUUGUCAACAAUGUUUAGUGGAUCAAUUUAAGAAGAGUAUGCGAUGUUUUGUAUGCAACACACAAACAAGUGGUCUAUUUCAGCCGGCUAAAGAAAUUAUUGCACGACAGAAAAAUAUGGAUCUACAUAAACGUAAUUAUAAUGAUUCCGAUAAUGAUGCGGAAAAUGCUGUCGAUGACGAUGAUUCGGAUUAAUUAAAAAUAAUUAAUUUAAA